CCGCGCCCCGCCCGCCCCAGCCGGCCGCCGCACCGGGCCGUCGCCGUCGCACCAUGAAGAUCAAGGAUGCCAAGAAGCCGUCUUUUCCAUGGUUUGGCAUGGACAUUGGAGGAACUUUGGUGAAACUUGCCUAUUUUGAACCUAUUGAUAUCACCGCAGAGGAGGAGCAGGAAGAAGUGGAAAGCUUGAAGAGCAUCCGCAAAUACCUGACGUCCAAUGUAGCCUAUGGAUCCACUGGCAUUCGAGAUGUCCACCUUGAGCUGAAAGACUUAACGAUUUUUGCUCGAAGAGGAAACUUGCACUUUAUUCGAUUCCCAACUCAUGAUUUGCCUACUUUUAUCCAAAUGGGGAGAAACAAAAACUUCUCAACCCUACAUACGGUGCUGUGUGCCACUGGCGGUGGUGCUUACAAGUUUGAAGAAGACUUUCGCACAAUUGGAAACCUCCAGCUGCACAAACUGGAUGAGCUUGACUGCCUUGUCAAAGGCUUAUUGUAUAUAGACUCUGUCAGCUUCAAUGGCCAGGCAGAGUGCUAUUAUUUUGAAAAUGCCUCAGAUCCUGAGAGAUGCCAAAAGAUGCCUUUUAACCUGGAUGAUCCAUACCCAUUGCUGGUUGUUAACAUUGGUUCAGGAGUCAGUAUUUUAUCAGUCCAUUCCAAAGACAACUACAAAAGAGUAACUGGAACAAGUCUAGGUGGAGGGACCUUUCUUGGUUUAUGCAGUCUGCUGACGGGCUGUGAGAGUUUUGAAGAAGCUCUGGAAAUGGCAUCCAAAGGAGACAGCACACAUGCUGAUAAGUUGGUUCGAGAUAUUUAUGGAGGAGACUAUGAAAGAUUUGGUUUGCCAGGAUGGGCUGUAGCAUCCAGUUUUGGGAAUAUGAUCUAUAAAGAGAAGAGAGAGUCUGUUAGUAAAGAAGACCUUGCAAGAGCCAUAUUGGUCACCAUCACCAAUAACAUUGGGUCUAUUGCCCGGAUGUGUGCAGUAAAUGAGAAAAUCAACAGAGUUGUGUUUGUUGGCAAUUUUUUACGUGUGAAUACUUUGUCAAUGAAGCUUCUUGCAUAUGCACUGGAUUACUGGUCAAAAGGCCAGCUGAAGGCCUUGUUCCUUGAACAUGAGGGAUACUUUGGAGCUGUUGGUGCUCUUCUUGGGCUGCCAAAUUUCAGUUGAGAUACCAGAUGUCACUACACUGAACUAUUUUCCACCUGAAUGACACUCGAUUAUGACAAUGGGAACUAAAUCUGGGGAGGAGAGGAGAAAAUAGCAAGAUUUUCUGUAACUCUUUCUAAGAAGUAAUCAGCUACUGAAUAUUUCCAGUAUCAAGAAGGGGGUUUCACUCUGGGCAUUGGAAACUGAAUUGUUUGGGGAUAUGUUUAUGUUCUUUGGUAUGUGUAGCCAGUGUUGAAUUUUUAAGAUGCAAUACAUCCUCUGAAAACAAGCUUCCAGCAGAAGGAAUGCCAAACCCUUUAAAUGCUCAGCGUGAAAGUGUUGCAAGUUCACUCCUGAGGCUUUAAGCCCAUCGAUUUUGUAUCAAAUUGAUGAAUGAACAAUUAUUUUCGUUAGUUACACUUUCUUAUGAGCACAUUGUCCCAUAUGUACUUACAAAAAAGCUUUGAAAACAGUAUAGUAUUACCUCCAAGAUGAGGAAACUGUAGACAAUUGUUUCCCACAGGAAGAACAGUAAUUAUUUUUAUGUGUAAUGGAAAUAAUGCUGUAAUUUUCAGUGGGAACAAUAGAAACACACAAAAAAAAAUCAGCCAAAGCGGCAAAUUAAGCAAUUGAUGUUUAGAAAGAUUUUGGGGAGAUGCUUCCUUGCCCUCUUCAUUUAUUUGAAGAUGCAGCUGGUAAUUUGGGAAGAUGCCCCCUGUCUUUGUUUGGAUUUCGAAAAGGAUUUAGUAAUUCAUGAAGCAAGAUUUUGGGGGGUUCAAUCUGUGAGGAGAUGACUUCCAAAAUGUCUUGUGGGCCUGGGGUUUCUUUUGUGUCUCUCAUAUUCAGACAUAGUGCAUCAUUUUUGAAGAUACGUAAAACUUGAAAGAACUGACGAAAUCCCUAUGAAAUAGACUAAAUAUGGGACCUCAUAAUUCUGAUGCUUUGGCUCAUUUCUGCAGAGGUUUGGAAAACUCCUGCCCCAUCCUACUAAUUUGAAAAUGUGAUUUCUCAGUAUUACUAGAGUUGAUCAGAAUCUAAUUAGAUGUUGAGAAUGAAAGAUCGCUGGCUUGCUUUUUGAUUAGGAAGUUUGUUUUUGGAUGUUAAGGACAGCAUCAGAGUUUGUAUUGCACCACCAAAUGGACCAAUACUUAGUGCACUUGCAAUAUGGAACCAUUCAUCAAAUUGUGGCCUUGGGAUAAAAUCCUUCCUCUGGAGCUGAUCUUUGGGGUUUUCUGUCUACUUUUAAAAUUUACAGUUGUAAUUAUUGUAAUGAGUUCUUAAACAUGAGAUCUUAAACUUGUACGAGUAUUAUACAGUCAUUAGCUACGUGACUCUUUGUGAACUAAAGAGCUACCCAACUUUAUGAUACAAUUCUAAUGUUAACUAUUUCCUAUAAGUGCAUGAAGAACAGCCACAGUAGAACACAUUCAUAUCUUGGGUUUUAAGGUGUUUUUCAAACUGAUUGCUCUAGUAUUCCACAGCAUAGCUGUGGCGUAUUCACAGACACAUCCACCUAGUGUGUUAGAAACCUCUAUGUGCUAUUUUCUCUUCUCUUUCUUUUCUUAAAAUUCAAAGCCCAUACUAACAUCAUCUGUUGUUGGUUUCUUUAAUUUUCUGUGGUCCUUGGAAGAGUGUGUUAGCUUACAGUAGCAGGUUCAUUGAGCCCAACGCCAACCGCAAGUGCAGUUCCUUUUAUUGCUGCUUUUCCUGGUACUCAUUCUGCAUUUCCGUUGUGCUUGCUUUGAUGUUUCAUGUUAAACAAAACAAAAGUAACACUCACGGUUCAACUACUCUAAUCCUAUAUCAGAACACUUCAGAAAAUGGGUGACUAUGGGUUUUAUAGGAUGUCUCUAUAAAUGCUGUACACUGUUCCUUUGAAGUUCCGAUUGACUGCAGCCAUUAACCUGCAUUUGUUUACACAACUUUGUAAACACUGAAUUUUUCUGAAUGUUUUGACAGCCUCCUGAAAAGUUUUCAAAUCAGCUGCCUGUUUUUUCUUGCCAAGUCAGGUACUUAAAAGACAGAUACUAAAGCUUGAAUAGAUACAGUUCCUUUAGACCACAUUUAUUGCUACUUCCCUUGUCAUUUUGUGAUACUGAAAGAGCUGCUCUUGAAGCGGUAGUUAGAGGUUGCUUGUGAGUUUAACCAGAAGCAUGCGUACAAGAUGAUUACCUAAUGACCAUGGUUAAUUUCAACCAUUUGAAGUUGGUAUGACCCAAGAUACAGUUUUCAAGUAAAUUGUACAGAGUUACAGAAUAAAUGAAUGGAGUAAUUCUUGAAUAGCUGUACUGUAUAGAAACUACUGUGAGAAUCAAGAAGUGUGCCCUACCUCUGUUUUACUGCCCUUGAGCUUCUCAAAAAACAAUUACUUCCUUUUGCUAGUUUUAUUAGCACAAUUGUUACUUCAUUACAAGAGCAACCAGAGAAGUUUUCAAGCCCUGGCAGGGAUCCUUUGUUUAAGCCACAUCUUUGGAUUUUGUUGCAUUUUUCUCUCCACUUACAGCUUGUUACUUGAGUCUCCAAAGAUUGACUCUACCACCUGUAGAAAUGCUAGGCAACACAAACAGUUGCAAGAUAAGCCUUAAAGUCUUUUCAGCUACAUUCUCUUCUAGAUAAGUUGAAAAGGCAUGUUUCUUCUACAUAAAUCACUGAAGGCAACUCGUUUUUUCCUGAUCUUCUGUUUUUACUUUUACCCUUGCCAUUUGUUUUCCUCAGACUGGUUGAAGCAGCUUCAGAGUGAAUUGAUUCAAUGUGGUAUGUUACAGCAGAGAACAUUUGGAGUUUUCUCAGGGCUACUGUUGUCUUCUCAGAUGGAACCACUUCUGUAGAGGAAAGUUGUGUGAGAUUUCUAAAGUAACAUGUAAAGCUCAUUUUGAGUGUGUAAUUGUUUUCAGCUCAAUCAGCUGUGCGAGUGCCUUUUAAUUUGUUCAUAUAAUGCCAAUUUCACUGGUGGUGGGGCUUCAUUCACAAGGUUUCCUAACCGGUGUUGCUUACCAGAGAAAUGGCAGAUAAUUUUAUUGGCCAUAGAUAGAUCCCUUCAAGCCAGCAGAGCUAAAGAUGCCAGAAAAACAGUAUCAGAUUUCUGUCUUCCUAUCCUGGUAGCCCCUGUCUUGGAGUAAAGCUUUUGCAUUUCUUGGUCUCAUCCCUCCAGCUUGGUCCUUUUAACUAUUACGCACAGUUUUAUUGUAUCAGUAUCUCCCUAAAAAUCAGGCAAGUUUUUAGUCAGACUAGUUACAGAUUAUUUCUGGUCAAAGUAGUUCAUUUUUAAGUGAAGCUAUUCCAAGCUGAUGUGGCUAUUAAAAAUAAUUGCUUUCACCUUUCUAGUUCUAGUUAGGGUACCUGCAAUUUGAAUGAGAAGGGAACUUCUGUGGUAUGUUUUGUAUAUUCGACAAGCUGGAAUGAACACCUCUUCAUCAUUUUUUACUGAAGCUAGCAGAGUUUUAACUAGAGACACUUUUUUCAUUCUUUUUAGUAAAACCUCAGUAAAUCUGACAAUUCAGAGAGAAGUAGCACUGAUAGACUUUCUCUGUCUUACAGCUUAGUUGAGGUUUUCAAAGACUGUUCAGGUACCUGACCUGCCUUUUGAAGAUCUGUCUCUCGGUAGCAUUCUGCAAACAAGAACCGUUGUGGUUCUACCAACACACCUCUAUUGAGAAUUUGAGAGUUAUAGCUUGGAAAAUAGAUGAGACUCUCUCCUGCUUGCUCUAAGCCUGUAUAUUAAGAACAAAAGUUCUGUCCUGGCUUCUCAUAAUGGAUUAAAUAUUCCAUCAGCAGUACUGUGAGAUUGCCACUUGUGUUUGAGUUGCUGGUUGUAUACCUGCAAGGUGAUCACAUUGACUUGAAGGAUUGUAAUACUAACUCUUUGUCUCUAUCCAGGAUAGGUCUUCAGGAAAUGCCUACUUCCAGAUAAGUUGUAAUAAUUUCUCAUUUCUAAAUGUUUCAGAAUAACAGAAUUUUAACGUUUGGACCUAAUUGAAUUUUAGAAGUUAACUAAAUCUAGAGCAAGUCUGUGCUGCUUCAAGACUAGAAGCUGUCUUAGCACUUAGUCAUUGACUUAUGUUAAUGCCUGAGUUUACAUUCAACCUCUUUUUAAGUACCACUGUCACUGUUCCCAUUCUGGGUACUAGAUGACUGUAAUCCUGAGGAACCAGCUGAGUUCAGAAGAGAGAUGAAGGUCCGUGGGGUUCUGUUGAGCUAGUUGUGGUCAGCUUUUUGUCCCAACUCCAUUUGCACAUGUAACAAGACUGAUUCUUUCUGUUGUUAGUGAUUUCCUGGCAACAGGGCUUUCUGCAUCCUUUCUUAUUAUUUUUUAUUAUGUAGACUUAAAACCCAUGUAUCAGAGCUUUGCUUGUGUUAAGUGAACAAAAAUCUCUGGGUCAGAUGAGAAUUAUUUGACCGAGACCUGUAGGUCACAGCACAGAGUUUGGAACACUCUGACACAUAGAGUUACUCUUUGGGUUGUAUUCCUUUUCCCAUACUCCAUGAACACACAGUGAGAGGCAGCAGACGUAACAAGCCUUGUGGAUAAAAUGGGUGAAUUGAGUCCUCAGACAUGACCAUGCUCUAUCAUAGUACAGAGGGAGAGAAUUCCCUCCUUAUGUUCUUUAAGUCUUACUGGUAAAUUCCAAAGUGCAUGGACAGUAUUCUGUUACCUGUGAUAAACCUAAAGAAUUAGUAAUCUUUAAAAGUCUACAAAGAAGCCUGUUUUAUUAGUUGUGUUUACUUCACACAUAUAAAGCAUAUGAAUUAUUCAUAAAACCACGUUCUGGACACAUCUCAAAAGAUGCUGUAAUAUAUUUGUAAUUAUUGAUGUGCUAAUGGAAUAUGUUUGAGCAGUCUGGGUUUGCAUAACUGAGCGCCAAAUCCUGCUCACUUUGGUUACUUGAGUAAGACGAUCCUCUUAAAUGAACACUGUUUUAAACUACUGAGCAAGAUUUGGCCUCAGUCUUCUACCUGGAGAAGACAUUAAUGCUACUUUGCAUAUUCCUGCUGGUGCUAAAUCAUUUGUUGAAAGUAAAGAUUCUAGAAAUUGUAAAUAAAAUAUUUAUGGCCUGAUCCUUCCAACAGACUUAAAAUUUAUCAUUUGCAAAUAUAUUUUUUUUGGCCUUAUUUCAAGUUUCCCUUUUGGGUUGUUUUGUUUUUUUUAAGAAUAUGUGGACUGUGUUUGUUAAUGUGGUGAGUCAUUGACAGGUUUGGCUUCCCGUGUUGCUCUGUAAAGGCCCAGAAUGUUCCCCUGGUGCGUUAUGAUACAGUGAAAUUUCAGUGUAGCUCUUCAUCUUGUUUUGUCAUUGAAGCUGUUUAAGCAAAUAGUAUCAUGUAGAACACAACUGGCCCUAGUCCUCUGCUAAAACAUCAAGCAAAUCAGCCAUUACUACAGUCAUUUGGGGAAGCACUGUUGAAAAUGCAAAAACACCAAUGCAAAUUUAGUUUCAAAGCUGAAUUUGUUGAUUAGUCUUGCCUGUAAAAUCAAGUGGAACGUGAUGUGUCAGUUGCUAGUCUUAGCUAUAAAUUGCUAGCAUUUCCCAAUUGUUCUAGCACCAAUUUAUGAAGGUUGUAAGUAGAAGCUUUGGGAAGAAGUCUGUCAGUUUCAGAUUGUUCAUUACAAAAGAAUUUAGUGAAUCAGUAGUUGGAGGCAUAUUGAAUUAGACACCUAGAACAGGAAGGUUAGUGUGUUGAUGUUAUAGAGGUAGGAUAUAGAGGGCUUUUGGUAACCUGCACUGUUUUUACAUUCCUGAGUUUUGCAUUUUAACAAAUGACUGUUUGAUUUUUUUUCCAUCUACUGUCUCAUGAGCUAUAAGCCUUCUAAUCACCACUCAUUGUCUUCAAACGUUUAUUUCAGGUAGCUAGCGAAACGGCCAGGCAAAUUGAUACUGUAAACCCUUGGAAGUUCUCCGAAGAGCCAUUUGGUUAAGUUGCCUUAUUCUAUUGCAUUGCACUCAUGUUAUGUCUCCACUUUCCUGUUUACUGUUCAGACUCUGAAGAUGUGGUGUAAAAAACAUGUGCUACCAAUUCUUAUUCCUAAAUUACCGGUGACUACCUUUGUCACCUGUUAAUACAGCUCUUGUAUAUGAUACCUUUAUGCCAUCUGUAAUAACAGCUCUUGUAAAUUGUUUAAAUUAUUUUUCUUUUUAUAGAUUCUCAUUAUUGAAUGUACAGAUUUGAUCCCUUUAUUAUGUCACCAAGUAAUUUGAUUUGGGCCCAAAUAUGGCCAGUGCUGGAACUCAUCCCAUCAAAUCUUUUGUAAAUAAUUCUUUACUGCUUGUUUGCAUGAAUGAAGCCUGGAUUUCAUUUACUUUGUCAUAACCCAACUCUUCUGUGAUGGGCCUACUUUUUACAGUUUGUUUUUCUGGGUUUAUUACCAUUUGUUCUGUAUGAAUGUCGAAACAGUACUUUGUCUUUUCCUAAUAAAUAAUUUGACAUUGUUCAUUGUUUGCCUACAUUUGUGGGUGGUGGUGGAGGGAUCUCCGGGUGUGGUUUUUCCUUUAGCAUCAUAAAUUGCUGUGAUACUUGAUGUUGGGGGAUUGUUGUGUAACGUUUUAUACUAAGGAAACAUGACUGGAAUUGUUUUCAUGCUCUUUUAUUCCUCCCCUUUAAUAAAAGCCUAUAUUUCACAGUU